GAGUAGCAGUUGUGAACCGUGUAUUCAGUGUAGAUUAGAGUUACGUGUGAAUUGGUAAAAAGCCACUAUGGAGACUAAGGACCAGAAGAAACACAGAAAGAAAAACAGUGGGCCCAAAGCUGAAAAGAAGAAGAAACGGCAUUUGCAGGAUCUCCAACUUGGAGAUGAGGAAGAUGCCAGGAAGCGAAACCCCAAAGCUUUUGCAGUCCAGUCUGCUGUGCGAAUGGCUAGAUCCUUUCACAGAACUCAGGAUUUGAAGACAAAAAAGCAUCACAUUCCAGUGGUUGAUCGAACUCCACUGGAGCCCCCACCAAUAGUGGUGGUGGUGAUGGGGCCUCCAAAAGUUGGAAAGAGCACUUUGAUCCAGUGCCUCAUUCGGAACUUCACCAGGCAGAAGCUGACUGAGAUCCGGGGCCCUGUAACAAUCGUGUCAGGUAAAAAGCGCAGACUCACCAUUAUUGAAUGUGGGUGUGACAUUAACAUGAUGAUUGAUCUGGCUAAAGUAGCAGAUCUGGUUCUGAUGCUUAUAGAUGCCAGCUUUGGGUUUGAAAUGGAAACAUUUGAGUUUCUAAACAUCUGUCAAGUACAUGGCUUUCCUAAAAUUAUGGGCAUUCUCACUCACCUAGACUCCUUCAAGCAUAAUAAGCAACUGAAGAAGACAAAGAAGAGAUUAAAACACAGGUUCUGGACAGAAGUCUACCCGGGUGCCAAGCUGUUCUACCUUUCUGGAAUGGUGCAUGGAGAAUAUCAAAACCAAGAAAUUCAUAAUCUGGGCCGUUUUAUUACAGUUAUGAAGUUUAGGCCUCUUACAUGGCAAACGUCUCACCCUUAUAUUCUUGCAGACAGGAUGGAAGAUUUGACAAACCCAGAAGAUAUCCGAACAAAUAGCAAGUGUGACCGAAAGGUGUCUCUUUAUGGUUAUUUAAGAGGAGCACAUUUGAAAAAUAAAAGCCAAAUUCACAUGCCAGGUGUAGGAGAUUUUGCUGUGAGUGACGUCAGUUUCCUCCCAGACCCCUGUGCGCGUCCUGAACAACAAAAGAAGCGCUGUUUAAAUGAGAAAGAAAAGUUGGUGUAUGCACCUCUGUCUGGAGUUGGUGGUGUGCUGUAUGACAAAGAUGCUGUCUACGUCGACCUUGGGGGCAGCCACGGCUUCCAGGAAUCGGAGGAGGUGAGGCCCACCCAUGAACUGGUCCAGAGUCUCAUUUCCACCCAUUCCACUAUUGAUGCCAAGAUGGCUUCAAGUAGAGUGACACUUUUUUCUGAUUCCAAACCGCUGGGGUCAGAGGAUAUAGAUAAUCAAGGGCUGUUGAUGCCAAAAGAGGAAAAGCAGGUGGAUUUGAAAACUGGGCGAGUGCGUCGGAAAGCCGUUUUUGGAGAUGAAGAAGAUGAGUCUGGAGACAGUGAUGAUGAAGAUGAUGAAGAAAUGUCUGAAGGUGACAGGUUGGAAAAUAGCUCUAGUGAUGAGACAGAAGAGGAGGAAGAUGCUGAAAUGACUGAUAAACAGUAUAUGUCUGGUAAAGGUAUCAAACGGCAAAAACUUGAGCUAGAAGAGGAUGUGGAGGUGGAUUUGCCAGCGUUUGCCGAUAGUGAUGAUGACCUUGAGAGGAGCUCAGUGGAAGAAGAAGCAGAGGAAGCCGAUGAAAGCAGUGAGGAAGAGGACUCCACUGCAGAGGAAGAGAGGGGUAUUUUACAAUCUAAGGCUGUCAGAGAAGGCACUAAGCGAGGACCAUUACAAACUAAUGGUGUGAGUGAUAGUUUGCAUCUGGAGAAGUCUUUGACAGUGAAAAAGGCAGCCCUCACCACUUCAGAUUCAGGCCAUUGCACAGCUGAAGAGGCAUUUGCAUCCGAAGAUGAAUCUGAAGAAAACUCCUCUGUCAGUACAGAGGAGGAGGAGGGUUCAGAAAAUGAAAAGGUUAUUAGGAAAAAGUUCCCACGGCCUUCUCAGGUGGUCAGUAGUCAGAAACUGGGGUCAGAGAACUUAACCGAAGAGACCAGUGAUAUAGAAGACUUACUCAAAGAGGAAGAAGAUUACAAGGAAGAAAAUAACUAUUCCACAGAAACUUCAGGUGCCCUCAAGUGGAAGGAAGACCUGUCCAGGAAGGCAGCUGAGGCCUUUCUGAGGCAGCAGCAAACAGCUCCAAAUCUUCGAAAGCUUAUUUAUGGGACAGUGACAGAGGAUAAUGAAGAAGAAGAAGAUGGUGAUACCAGGGAAGAGCUUGGAGGGUUGUUUCGUGUCAGCCAGCCUGCCAGAGAGUGUAAGCACAAGGCUGACUCUUUGGAUUGCUCCAGAUUUCACGUGGAGGCGCCCCAUGACUGGGAUUUAGAGGAGGUUAUGAACAGUAUCAGAGAUUGCUUCGUGACUGGGAAGUGGGAAGAGGAUAAAGAUGCAGCCAAGAUAUUAGCAGAAGAUGAGGAGCUCUAUGGCGACUUUGAAGACCUGGAAACAGGGGACGUGCACAAGGGAAAAUCAGGCCCGGAUACCCAGACUGAUGACACAGAGGAAGAAGUUAAAGAAGAAAUUGACCCCAGCGCAGAGGAAAGUGCCAAGAAAAAGCAUUUGGAUAAAAAGAGAAAAUUGAAAGAGAUGUUUGAUGCAGAAUAUGAUGAAGGAGAAAGCACAUACUUCGAUGAUCUUAAAGGAGAAAUGCAGAAACAAGCACAGCUUAACCGGGCAGAAUUCGAAGAUCAAGAUGACGAAGCCAGAGUUCAGUAUGAAGGUUUUCGACCUGGGAUGUAUGUCCGAAUUGAGAUAGAGAAUGUCCCCUGUGAAUUCGUGCUUAACUUUGACCCCCAUUACCCAAUUAUUUUGGGUGGUUUGGGCAAUAGUGAGGGCAAUAUUGGAUAUGUACAGAUGCGUCUGAAGAAACAUCGUUGGUAUAAGAAAAUCCUCAAAUCUCGAGAUCCAAUCAUUUUUUCUGUAGGCUGGAGGAGGUUUCAGACCAUACCACUUUAUUAUAUUGAAGACCACAAUGGAAGACAAAGGCUUCUAAAAUAUACCCCACAGCACAUGCAUUGUGGAGCAACCUUUUGGGGUCCUAUCACUCCACAGGGUACUGGGUUCUUGGCAAUACAGUCUGUCAGUGGCAUGAUGCCUGAUUUCCGGAUAGCUGCCACAGGAGUUGUUCUUGAUCUGGAUAAAUCUAUAAAAAUUGUGAAGAAAUUAAAGCUAACUGGUUUUCCAUAUAAAAUUUUCAAGAACACUUCAUUCAUUAAGGGAAUGUUUAAUUCUGCCUUGGAAGUGGCCAAGUUUGAAGGCGCCGUGAUUCGAACUGUCAGUGGAAUAAGGGGACAGAUCAAGAAGGCUCUCCGGACUCCAGAAGGAGCUUUCCGGGCCACCUUUGAAGAUAAAUUGCUGAUGAGUGAUAUCGUCUUCAUGAGAACUUGGUAUCCUGUCUCCGUUCCAGCCUUCUAUAACCCAGUCACAUCUUUGUUGAAACCAAUUGGUGAGAAAGAUACCUGGUCAGGAAUGCGGACAACUGGUCAACUCCGGCUCGCCCAUGGCAUCAAACUGAAGCCCAACAAGGAUUCUCUGUAUAAGCCAAUCAUGAGGCAAAAGAAACAUUUUAAUUCACUCCACAUUCCGAAAGCCUUGCAGAAGGCCCUGCCUUUUAAGAACAAGCCCAAAACCCAAGGAAAGGCAGGCAAGAUUCCGAAGGACAGACGGAGACCAGCCGUCAUACGGGAGCCUCAUGAAAGGAAGAUCCUUGCGUUGCUGGAUGCUCUGAGUACAGUGCACAGUCAGAAGAUGAAGAAAGCCAAGGAGCAACAGCAUCUACAGAACAAAGAACACUUCAAAAUGAAGCAGAAGGAGGAAGAGGAGAAACUGAAGCGACAGAAGGACCUCAGGAAGAAGGUCUUCCGAAUUCAGGGUCAGAAAGAAAGAAGAAAUCAGAAGUCCAGCCUGAAGGGGCCCAAGGAGCAGUUGAAGUGAGCUCCAGACAGACAGGCUAGUUUGAAUCUGCACUGAUGAAUGGUUUCAUAUAUUGUAGUACUUGUAAAUAACAAGUCAGGGGGUUGGAGCCUAAAAACGACCUCUUUGUUGGGUAUAACGCCCAGACUGUGCCUUUGAGAGGAGAAAUGGCAGGACGCCUGUUCAUUCUCAACAUCUAGGUUAUGUCAACAUAAAGCAAUAUAAUUUAUGGUUCUCUAGAUCCUCUCACAUUCCUCUUACCUGUCUUAGUUUAAUCUUGUGCUACAAAAAUAUCAUUAAAAUAUUUUCUUGUUAAUUUUGGCUUAGUAGUUUUCAUUAGGGAUGAAUGCUUGAUAAUUGUUUAUUCUGCCGCCUUCCUGAUGAGUCUUCCAGAAGGGAAAAAAUAUUAACUUGAAUCCUCAGCUUUAAGGUAAAAUUUUAGAGAAAGAUAUAUAGUUAUUUUUGUUUUUUUGUCUGUCAUAUGUUAUAUUCUCUGAUCAUUGACCCUCAUGGGCAUUGGCCAUCUUAUUUCACAUGUUUUGCAUGACAGUGUAACAGCUAGAACAGUAAGCACUGUUUUAAUGUUUUAGACCGGGGAUGACGUCUGUGGAGGCAGGAAUGCUGCCUGAAGCUCAGGUCGAUACACUGUCUGGGCCUAAAAUGCACUCGUGAUAGACAUCAGCACCUACCUGGGAGUGGCUGGAAUCAUCUAGGAAGGGAUCAAGAUGAAAUACAGCCAGGUCUUAGUCCAGCAUUCUUUCCCAUAGUUCAGUAUCUUCAUGUUCCUCAAAGAAGAUCACUGAGUGCAACCCACAUAUGCCGACCAGCACCCGAGAAGCUCAAGUGAUCCUGCUGAGAUGUUCACUUGACUAAAAGCCGAGCAGGUCCAGCUAAGCAAGGCUGUGCACAGAAACCAAAUAUGUGACAUGAACAGAGAGGGCAACUUGUCUUUCCCAAUGCCUUAGACUACCACGCGCAGACUUGACUACCCCGGUGCUAAGUGCAAGGAGGGUCUGGGCUCAUUGUGGCGUAACUCUGGGCAAGCUCCUGAGCAUCUUUUGAGGUUCAGCUUUCUUAUCUGUAAUACGGGGACUGAUAGACCAGUCUUGCAGUUUGUGAGGAUUUAAUGAGGCUAAAUGCAAUGUGACUGGUACAGAACAGAUUUUUAAAUUUUUUUAUUUCCCUUUCUGGUCCCAUUUUGAAAAGUUGUAUGAGUCUGAAUCUUAACAUUUAUAUAGACUUUAACACAUACCUGAAUAUUCAAGUAACCACCACCACCGUCAAGAUACUCAACAGUCCCGUCUCUCCAGAGCAUUCCCUCAUGCUAUGUAGCCCAAGCCUUCCCCUCCCCCAAGCCCCACUAACUACUGUCAUGUUGAUUUCAUCGCCACAGCUUUGUCAUUUCAAGAAUGUCAUGUAAGUAGAACAGUACAGCAUGUAAUCUUUUGAAACUGGCAUCAUGUCUUUGAGAUUUCAUCCCAAUUGUCCUCUGUGUCAGUGAUGUGUCUCUUUUGAUUGCUAAAUAGUAACCAGCUGUACAGAGAGACCACAGUUGAUUAUCCAUUCACCAAUGGACUGGCAUUAUGGUUGUUUCCAGUUUUUGGCAAUUAUGAAUAUAACUGCAAUAAACAUCUGUGUAGAGGUC